AUGGUCCAUGUAGAGAACAGGCAGCAGAAGGACCACCACCAGCAGCACCAGAAGAAGAAGAAGAAGAAGAAGGACCACCACCAGCAGCAGCAGCAGCAGCAGCAGCAGCAGAGGAAGAAGAAGAAGGACCAUCACCACCACCACCAGCAGCAGCAGCAGCAGAGGAAGAAGAAGAAGGACCAUCACCACCACCAGCAGCAGCAGAGAAAGAAGAAGAAGGGCCAUCACCACCACCAGCAGCAGCAGCAGCAGAGGAAGAAGAAGGACCACCACCACCACUACCACCAGCAGAGGAAGAAGAAGAAGGACCACCAGCAGCAGCAGCAGCAGAGGAAGAAGAAGAAGGACCACCACCACCACCAGCAGCAGAGGAAGAAGAAGAAGGACCACCAUCACCAGCAGCAGCAGAGGAAGAAGAAGGACAAUCACCACCACCAGCAGCAGCAGCAGAGGAAGAAGAAGAAGGACAAUCACCAGCAGCAGCAGCAGCAGCAGCAGCAGCAGCAGCAGAGGAAGAAGAAGAAGGACAAUCACCUCCAGCAGCAGCAGCAGCAGCAGCAGCAGCAGCAGCAGCAGCAGCAGCAGCAGCAGCAGAAGAAGAAGAAGAAGGCCAAUCACCAGCAGCAGCAGCAGCAGCAGCAGCAGCAGCAGCAGCAGAAGAAGAAGAAGAAGGACAAUCACCACCACCAGCAGCAGCAGCAGCAGCAGCAGCAGAAGAAGAAGAAGAAGAAGGACAAUCACCACCACCACCAGCAGCAGCAGCAACAGCAGCAGAAGAAGAAGAAGAAGAAGGACAAUCACCACCACCAGCAGCAGCAGCAGGAACAGCAGCAGAAGAAGAAGAAGAAGGACAAUCACCACCACCAGCAGCAGCAGCAGCAGCAGCAGCAGAGGAAGAAGAAGAAGGACAAUAACCACCACCAACAGCAGCAGCAGCAGCAGCAGAGGAAGAAGAAGAAGGACAAUCACCAGCAGCAGCAGCAGCAGCAGCAGCAGCAGCAGCAGCAGCAGAAGAAGAAGAAGAAGGACAAUCACCAGCAGCAGCAGCAGCAGCAGGAACAGCAGCAGAAGAAGAAGAAGAAGGACAAUCACCAGCAGCAGCAGCAGCAGCAGCAGCAGCAGCAGCAGCAGAAGAAGAAGAAGAAGGACAAUCACCACCACCACCACCACCAGCAGCAGCAGCAGCAGAGGAAGAAGAAGAAGGACAAUCACCACCACCACCACCAGCAGCAGCAGCAGCAGAAGAAGAAGAAGAAGGACAAUCACCACCACCACCAGCAGCAGCAGCAGCAGAAGAAGAAGAAGAAGGACAAUAACCACCACCACCAGCAGCAGCAGCAGCAGCAGCAGCAGCAGCAGCAGAAGAAGAAGAAGAAGGACAAUCACCAGCAGCAGCAGCAGCAGCAGCAACAGCAGCAGAAGAAGAAGAAGAAGGACAAUCACCACCACCAGCAGCAGCAGCAGAGGAAGAAGAAGGACAAUCACCACCACCAGCAGCAGCAGCAGAGGAAGAAGAAGAAGGACAAUCACCAGCAGCAGCAGCAGCAGCAGCAGCAGCAGCAGAAGAAGAAGAAGAAGAAGAAGAAGGACAAUCACCACCACCAGCAGCAGCAGCAGCAGCAGCAGCAGCAGCAGCAGCAGCAGCAGCAGCAGCAGAAGAAGAAGAAGAAGGACAAUCACCAGCAGCAGCAGUAGCAGCAGCAGCAGCAGCAGAAGAA